CUAGUCGGAUUUAGAGUACUGCCAUAAACAAGUGAUCUAAUAUAGCAUCUUGCGCAAGUCACAAGUGACAGCCACUUGUUAUUUCCAGCACGUGUCGUUAACUUCUAGGAGAGACAGAAAUGGUCGGACCAAGAAGGCCACAGUUCGUGUUAUUUGGUUCCUCAAUUGUUGAAUUUAGCUUUGCCCAGGAAGGCUGGGGUGCCAUUCUUGCUGACAUCUAUGCUCGUAAGGCAGACAUAUUUUUGCGAGGAUAUGGUGGUUGGAACUCCAGGCAAGCCGUAGAAGUGCUUGAUCAAGUUUUUCCAAAGGAUGAUGCAUUUCAACCAUCUCUGGUGAUAGUUUAUUUUGGUGGUAACGAUUCAGUGCUUCCUCGCCCAGAUGGCCUAACUACUCAUGUACCUCUUCCUGAGUAUAUCGACAACAUGAGGAAAAUAGGUAUCCGUCUCAAGAACCUGUCAGAGAAGACACGCGUAAUAUUUCUCACUGCUCCUCCUGUUAAUGAGGCUCAGCUGCUACAUGUUUUGGGUGUUGAUCAUCGCAAAAAUGAACUGUGCCAAAAGUAUGCAGAUGCUUGUGUAGAAUUGUGCAGAGAGAUAGGGAUUAAGGCUAUUAAUCUGUGUAACGCAUUUAAGAAACAAGACGGUUGGUUGACCACAUGCUUUACUGAUGGGAUGCAUUUAUCACCUAUCGGAAGCAAAAUAGUAGCAAAAGAGAUACUGAAAGUCAUUUUGGAAGCUGAGUGGAAACCGAGUCUACAUUGGGAAGCUUUGGCUAGUGAGUUUGCUUAGCUUUCGUGGUAAUUUAAAUAUGUUCUUUUUAACAAUUAGGUUGUGUUUGGUAUGCUAUACUGAAGGUCAGAAUGGAAACGAAACGACGAUUAUGAUGGAGGGAUAUACCUGAAAAAAGGCUUUCUUGUA